AGCAAUGGGCAUGAGGCAGGGAACAACCCAGGAUGGGGGGCCAGCCCAUCGCAGGGCACACUCACACACCAUUCACUCUCACAUGCGUACCUAUGGGCAAUUUAGCAACUCCAAUUAGCCUCAGCAUGUUUUUGGACUGUGGGGGGAAACCAGAGUACCCGGAGGAAAUCCCACGACGACACGGGGAGAACAUGCAAACUCCGCACACAUGUGACCCAGGCGGAGACUCGAACCCAGGUCCCAGAGGUGUGAGGCAACAGUGCUAACCACUGCACCACCAUGCCGCCCCGUCCUGAAUCCCCUGCCCCUUGAAGACACAUGGUGCUCCCACAAUAUUGCUUGAUGUCAGGACUGGCGGCCCUGGACGCUAAGUGCUCCAGUCGCUUGGGCCUCAUCACCAUCUCGUACUACCUGUGGACCACCUUUGUGGCGGUGGUGGUGGGGAUCGUCAUGGUGUCCGUCAUCCACCCGGGCGGUGCGGCGCAGAAGGAAGACUCGGAGGACAGCGGCAAGCCCAUCAUGAGCUCUGCGGACGCGCUGCUCGACCUCAUCCGAAACAUGUUUCCAGCAAACCUGGUUCAAGCCACCUUUCAGCAGUAUCGGACGAGGAGCAUCCCAAUCAUGAAGACACCGAAACCCACCGCUGGCCAGAGCCCGGCCGAGUCCACGACCCGCCGGGCCCUCAUCUACGGCAUCCAGGACGACAACGGCACAGACGUCCAGAACUUUUCCCUGGACCUGACACCCUCUCCCGACAUCAUCCUCCGCAGCCUCCCCGGCACCAGCGAGGGCAUGAAUGUGCUUGGCAUCGUCAUCUUCUCGGCCACCAUGGGAAUCAUGCUUGGCAGAAUGGGACCUAACGGCAGUGCUCUGGUCAACUUCUGCCAGAGUCUGAACGAAGCAGUCCUGAAGAUAGUCGCCAUCGUCAUCUGGUAUUUCCCCUUCGGCAUUGUGUUCCUGGUGGCCGGGAAGAUCCUGGAGAUGAGCGACCCAUCCGAUAUGGGCAAAAAGUUGGGAUUCUACGCCGUCACUGUGGUGAUGGGUCUCAUCCUGCACGGCCUCUUCAUCCUGCCCAGCAUGUACUUCUUCAUCACCAAGAAGAGCCCCAUUGUUUACAUCCGAGGAAUCCUGCAGGCCCUGCUCAUCUCGCUGGCUACAUCCUCCAGCUCUGCCACACUGCCCAUCACCUUCAAGUGCCUCCUGGAGAACAACCACAUCGACCGGCGGAUCAUCCGCUUCGUGCUGCCCGUAGGCGCCACCAUCAACAUGGACGGUACGGCGCUGUACGAGGCCGUGGCGGCCAUCUUCAUCGCCCAGGUCAACAACUACGAGCUGGACUUCGGGCAGAUCAUCACCAUCAGUAUAACAGCCACAGCAGCCAGCAUUGGUGCUGCAGGGAUCCCCCAGGCAGGCCUAGUUACCAUGGUGAUCGUGCUAACAUCUGUCGGAUUGCCUACUGAUGACAUCACCCUCAUAAUAGCAGUUGAUUGGGCGCUGGAUCGUUUCAGGACCAUGGUCAAUGUGAUGGGAGAUGCACUGGCUACCGGAAUCAUGGCUCACAUCUGCAGGAAGGACUUCAUCAAGGAAGGGGAAGGGGUGCCACUCAUCUGUGAGACCAAGCCUACAGCCAAUGUCCUCCCGGCCACGCCAUAUCAGAAGAAUGGUGGCUACCAGCCCCCCCCGGGCAUCAAGCCAGAGCGCAUCCCACCCGACGUCGGCCGGCUGAUACAGCUGGAAGAGGGAUUGAGUCCCACAGAGAGGAAAAAGCUCCCAGCUCUGCCCAGGCAUGUGGACAAGGACCAUUGUACCAUCGACAUGAAUGGCCUUGAGACUAACGUAUAGAGUGGAUUGUCAUUCUGGCCAC